AUGAGGUCACCCAGUUGGUUUGAGACAAAUUGGCUGACUGCAUUGAGUUCUUUAGCUCUUGAGGACUGCAUGGGUUGGGUACAGUUGCCCCCUUUCGGUCAGCUUCCUCUGCUCAAGUAUCUUGAGCUAAGAGGCAUGCAUGCUGUCAGAGAGAUAGGUCAAGAAUUCUAUGGGAAUGGUGACGUAAAGGGCUUUCCAAUUUUGGAAGACAUGAUAUUUGAUGGCAUGCUGAACUGGGAUGGCUGGUCUGGAAUCGAAGAUGGUUCUUUGUUUCCAUGCCUUGAAAGACUACUCGUAUCACGGUGUCCAAAGAUUCGAGAAAUACCAACCUUUAGUGCAACACCAAGAGUUGAAGUCGAAAUAUCACCUGAUUCCCCGCCAGCUUCUUGUUUAAUCGAGUCACUAAUUGCAACCGCAUCAAGGUUGAUCUUUCUAGUUAGCUCCUGCAGCUUCUUGAGUGACCUAACCACUGAGCAACUAAACCAUGUUGCUGAGUUGAACCUGCAGAACUGUACAGAUCCAAUGCCAGCUGGUGGAUUUCACAGACUUAGCUCCCUUCAGGUGUUCAGGAUCAGCAACUGUUCAACGUUAUUGUCAUCAGUCAGUACAGAAGCAGUUGACACAUAUUUACUUUCUCCAUCUCUUUGCCAUAUUGAAAUAGCUCAAAGCAAUGUUCAUUGCAGCUUAUUACCAAGGUAUUUGCAAGGCCUAACUUGCCUCUCGACGUUGGUGCUCAAUAGCUGCCAUUUGAUGACAUCAUUGUCAUUUGCUUCUGAAUCCCCCCACCUCGUUGCUCUGGAAAGUAUAACCAUUAAAGAUUGCAAUGAGCUAGCUUCAUUGGAUGGAUUUAGAAAUCUUAGUGCUCUCCGGAAGUUAGUCGUUGCAGAUUGUUACAGUUUCUGCUCCUUGCCGGUUGAUUUGAAUAUAGUGGGAUCUCUUGAGAAAUUAGUCAUAUGUGGGUGCCCAAUGAUGAGGUUUCUCCCCGAAGAUGGCCUGCCAGCUUCUGUGCAGACUAUUUUGUUAUCAAAAUGCCAUCCAGAGCUUGAUACCCAGCUUCAGAGGAAGGAAGGUGCUGAAUGGAACAAGAUUGUUCAUAUCCCUGAGAAGAAAUUAGAGGUAGGGCUGAUUGAUUUGUUGACUAUAUUUCCGGCCAAUUCUUCCUGA